AUGGACUCCGACCGACGGAAGUCAAGACGCACGACUAAUGCAUGUGUCAGUUGUCGCCAAAGCAAGAUCAAAUGUUCCGGUGACGAGCCAUGCUCGAACUGCAGGCGACGUGUUGUGAAAUGCAAGUACUCAGACGGGAACAACAAAGAGAUAUCGGCGGAGAGUCAUUCAAGGAGCGCAAACCACGAGAGGCCUAGGCGACACUCGGAGCAGCAUCCUUCAUCGGGCAGCAAGCGGUCUCACGACGUCGCACUCGGGUCGGAUGACGAGGAUAGUGAUUUCCGUCCCGGAGACCCUAGGUCAUCCGAGGUGGGUGAGUCGCCAGAGUGCGUUUACACGAGUCCCUUCACGCUGCCUUCGACCACGAUCAAGAACACCCACCAUAACAAACGCAACUGGAUUUGGCUCGCUCCGUCGUCUACAUGGUCAUUCACCGCCCGCCUAACCUUGAUGAUGGCGGAAAGACUCCAACUUGAUACUCCCUUCAGUGCGCCCAGCUUUUUGAAUGACGAGAUAUACGUGCUCAAGUGGAGAGCAUCGACCGCCGAUGAGCAGCCUGACAUCAGCGGACUACCUUCCUACGAUCAUGCACUAUACCUCUUCAAUACCGUCAAGUUUCAUCUCGGUCAAAACUACCAGCUCAUUGACGAAAAGGCAUUCACGAAAGACCUCGAGGAGUUCUACUACGGUAUCGCGUCGAAAAAGGCAGCCGAGUCUCGUCUGUGGUUCGUUCAAUUUCUCCUCGUCCUCUCGUUUGGCCAAGCGUUUCUCUCUCGGUCGAAAACGCCCAAAGAGCCGCCUGGUUCCAAGUUUUUUGUUCGUGCCAUGUCCCUGCUUCCGGAGCCCACAUCAUUAUGGAAGGACAGUCUGCUAGCCAUAGAGGUGCUGUCUCUAUCAGGCCUAUAUCUGUAUUCCAUAUACCAGAGAGAAUCUGCCCAGCUAUACGCAAUUCGUAUAGCGCAACUAGAAGGACUGCACACUCAGCUCCCUGAGGACACGCUUGGGGCAGAAACCGUCACUCGUUGUCGUAAUCUAUGGUGGACUUUGUACAUCAUGGACCGGCACUUCUCUUGUUCCGUGGGCGUUCCCAUGAACACUCAAGAUACCGACAUCACCACACUCCUCCAGCCGCCGAGUACGUGUUCGCAGCGUGAUGCAACGCUCGGCCUACAGGUCAAGCUGUCUUACCUUUUGUCAAAGAUUAUCACUACUGUUUACAAGUCGGAGAAAACACCACUCGGCGAAUUUCUCGGGGCGACAAAGUCCAUUCUUCAUACUCUGGCUGGCCACGCCCAGGAAAUCCAGAAAAUCACUCGAUCAAAGUAUCAGAACUCGGUGGACACAAUGCCAAAGGGGACUAGAGGGGUCACUCUACUCUAUCAUCAGGGAAGACCAUGGAGAUUCAAUAAGCCUCUCGACCCCUUUGAGAAGCUUGGUUUCGACGGGUAUCAAGUCCGCGGUGAAGACGCUCCAAAUAUUAUCCGGUUAGUCCAUAUCCAGCAAGCACACUCCAUAUUGGAUGAAAUGAUACAAAAAGGCAACUCCGUUGCCGAAGUCCGGAAAGCGGAACUUGUUCACUUGGAGUGGCUAUUCGAGCAGUUCGCCACCCGGGUCGGUCAACAAGACUUCCAACGGCGCAGGCUAUCCGCGUCAAUCGAAGCGAUCAUGGACCCUGCAGUAAUCAAUGUCGCCGUCACCGAGCCAGACUUGGUCUCGAUGACUACACUCAGCGAGUCCCAGGCGCUGAUUAGCCCUUUCCCGGACACGCCAGACAACACCGAGUUUCUUCAAAGCAUUGGCAUUUCCAGCGAGGAUUUCCUCUCUAUAGCGGAACAGAUGGACAGCCAGUCCCAGGACGGUUUUCCUUAUUCUACAAUGGAUUUGGGGCAGUUUUGGAAAUAG